AUGAGUGUGUAAUUGAAUGAUAGGCAUAUUACAUAAUUGGAAGAAUUAGAAUCAUUAAAAGGAAAACUACAAUGUCCGUCCUAUAGAUCUCGUAACCUUUCAUCAGAUAGAUAGUAUACUCCCUCGUUGACUAAUGAUUUCAGAAGCACAAGAAAUAGCGAUUAAUAGAAGGAUUCUUAAUCGGUAGAAAAAUUCAUGAAUCUCAAACAGUAAAAUUAGAAUGUUGAUUAUCUAUCUCAAUUAUGGAAACAACAAAAGCAGUCCAUUUCGCUAACUUAAAGUUUACAAUCACAAAAUGCUAUAUGUACAUUUGUUAUAUUUAUAAAAUUAGCAGAAAAAUAAGAAAUCGAUCAGUAAAUUCCUAAAUAUACUCAUUAAGUGAUUGAGGAGGAAGAGAAUUUGGUUACUGAAUAAGAUGCCAAUAAAAUCAAAGUAGUUUAGGCAGUCAACAAUGUGAGAGUGAAUGGAAAAUUUCCCACUACAACAAAAUAAGGGGGUUAAAAGAAAAGUUAAUAAUAAGCUCAGAACCUCCAGACAAGUAAUAACCAAGGGUAAAACAAAAAAACUAAUAGUAAUAUUAAUAAUAAUAACAUUCGUCCUUAAACCACAAAAUCUUAAGUUCAAGUACCUCAAACACCAUAAACUCAAAAGAGAACUGUUUAAAAAAGUAACACCAAGUCCUUCUAAGAUCAGACUUUAGAUAUUCCACAAACACCUUCAUAAAAAUUGAAAUAAAGUUCCUUAUUAGAAAAAACUAGAUAGGGAAAGGUAAACCAGGCUAUUGGCAAAGUGAUGACCAAAAAGGAAUCUGAAGAGGACGAUAAAAAUUUAGUCUUUUAAUUACAGAGACUAAAAGAGAGUGUGACAAAGCUAUACAGUGGUAGGUUUGAGAAUAAGAUGGCACAUUCUUCAUAAUUUAUUGAAUAGUAAUUAUUAUCAUUAACUUAGAAAUUUUGA